AUGCAAGAUUUCUGUAAUUCUUCUCUAACCCUUGCUAAGGCAAUGCUGUUGCAAGACCCGGGCCCAGGGGGUAGUGAUUCAAUCUCAAUCUCAUCAAUGGCAGCCGUAGCAGGCACCAGUGAAGUGAAAGGACUUGGCAUGGAGGAAUUCCAUGGGUACACCCUCCUCCAUCUUGCUUGUGAAACUGCAGAUAUUUGGAUGAUUGAGCUGCUCUUACAGUAUGGUGUAGCUGUGCUUUCUGGAAAUAGAAACUUUGAAUUGCGUGUUCACCCACUAACAAGAGCCAAUUACUUGGCUUCACCUCCCUUGGUUGUAGCUUACGCACUUGUCGGCACGGUCGAAAUCGACUUCGAAAACGAACCAACGGGAGCACAAAGGACUAUCAAAUAUCAACAGUUAUGUGGUAGUAAUACUUCUGAGGGGGUGUUUGCUGGGCUGCUUCUUUCAAUGUCAUUAACAACAGUGGUUUUGAAGUUUUUGAUUGAAAAGAAUAGUGUUAAUGCUCUUCAUAGAAAAGUAUCACAUCCAAUUGGGAAGCCUCUAAAAGAUUCUCCCGUUCUUAUGUAUUUGCCUGGUUUGGAAGGAACUGGAACUGGCCUUGUUGUACAUGAGAAAACUCUUGGAAAGUGA